AUGGCGGCUCUCAGCAGUUCCAUCCCCGCCUUUUCCGGCCUCCGCGCCGCUGCUCCCGCAAAGGCGGUCAAGAUUGCGCACAAGGCUCAGUGUGCUCGUCGCGCUGCGCCAGCCUUCGUGGCGUCUUCCACCAGCGGCAGCGAAUCCGUCACGUCGCAGGCGUCGCAGACGCUUUUCGCGAGCGUUUCCGAGUCCACAGCCGCUGCGCCUUCCGUUCCCGCUUCAUCGCCAGGGGGAGUCAUCGUUCCCGCGUUGCUUGGCGCGGGAGUCCUGGGCGGUGCGACGUUCGCGCUAGUGUCUAAGGCAGUUAAGCCAGCAGCCAGUGCGGCUCCGGCGGUGGGGACUCCCGCCAAUGGCGCUGCCGUUUCGCGCGCUAAGAGGGCCGCGCCCGCAGCGCUAGCGACAAUGGCGGCGACGUUCCCGAACGCGAUGCAGGAGGAGAUGUUCAUGCACGCCGUGGCGGACGAGCUGCGCAACCUCGGCUUUAAGCGCGACAACUGCAUCGCGCUCGUCAACACGUGUCGCGACGAGGUCUGCCGCCCCAUCGUGAACCUCAUCGAUAAGGAGUUUGGGCUCAGCUUUAACAUCGCGGGGCUGGGUGGGCUCGUGAACUGCGGAAAGACGGGGUUCAAGGCUGCGAUGAGCCACUCGCCGGAGUUCCCCUGCGAAACCGACGGGAAGCCUCGCGAAAGAUACAUCUUCUUCGGCUUCCCCCACGUGUCUAUCGGAGAGAGCGGCGAGGUGGGGUCGCUUCUUCGCCGUGGGCGCGGCAAGCCGUCAUCGGCGUGCGGAGCGCUGAUCGCCAUUCAAGGCGACAUCUCCGCUGGAGGCGAGAUUGAGGAGGACCCGAACAACGCGGAAUACGUUCUGCUGAAAAAGAAGAUCGCCGCUAAGAUUCCCCCUGCCUCGGGAAGCCCUUCUCUGGUGCAAGUGACUCGUGCCGCCCUGCAAGCCAUCACUGACGACCUGGAGAACCUCAUCUCUCUUACAGUCGACCCCGCUACAGCAGACUAUGCUGUCAUUACAGGAGUGCAGAUCCACUCUGGAAACCAGGUUCCUGGGGAGGAUUUCUGUCCUGAGCGCACGUGUGAUUAUAUCGCGCCGAACGCUAUGUAUGCGGUCAUCAGGGGGGAGAAGCACAUUUUGCACUGCGAAGUGAACCAAAUCACGGGUAUCAGUUCAGUGCCUGCUGACCAGUUUGCUGCCUGA